UGUUACAACUAUAAAAUUUAAUCGGUCACCAAUUUGAAAUUUUAAAAACGAGUUGCCAAAACGAGGUAAAAUGGAAAUACUUCUAGAUAAUUUCACUAAUUUUGAUCAUCUAGAAAUGAAAAUUGACCCAGAGACAGAGGCCUCAGAGCCCGAAUCCUUCACCAAGGUGAUAGGCGUAGCAAUCAAUGGUUUGAUAUCUGCCAUCUCAGUGUUCUCCCAGAUUUCGUCUUCAUUCUAGGCAAUAGUGGUUCUGAUUGCGAUGGGCCUCGAGGGUGAUUUCUCUGCAAAGACUUUCAUGUGGGUUCAGGCGCUGUUCGAAGUGGUGAAACGAUUGGGAUCUAUUGCCAUCUCUCUGACUGCAAUAAGCGAUCGGCCCUGGUUCAUUAGAACCGACGGAGCUUGCAAGUUCACAAGCUUCGUGUCUUUUUUGUUCCUGGUGAUUCCCGAUGGCAUGGCAGUCUUAGUAUCCAUAGACCGCAUAAUCGCAGUGUGGAUCAGAACUAGCGUGUGGUACAAGAGAAACUGCACUCAAGCUGUAGCCUGGUACCCUAUUGCGGGCCUACUGAUUCUUUUCUGCUUGGUGGGGUUGCCGAAACUGUUGUAUGGCAAAAUAAUCAAUAACGACUGCACGACCGACCGAAUGGGUUGGCUGGCUGAACACGCCAUGUUUCAAGUGGGAGUUCCGUGUGUUGUUGUGGUGGCAGUGCUGACUUCUAUCCUGGUAGCUCAACUCAAACAACGAACAGCCAACAGUCGCAACCCCAACUCAGACAAUGCGGUGAGUAUCGCUCUCACUAUCAACUGUGCCCUAUACACAGUAUUCGCGGUCAUACAUUACACUCUCAUUUCCCUCUACGGAUGGGUGCCAAAGUUCAAUCACAAAAUGGUACUGGUGUUGUCGCACAUUCCUGCUUCAGUCGGAGUGACGGUGAGGGCAUUCGGAUACCUGGCUUUACCCACUAUGCGAAAAGCGUUCAAAAGAUCGCUGCCCAAAAUUGUCGGGUGAUUCAGGGGCAGAUACUCAUGCUGAAAUCUAAGGAUCAUUAAUAAUUGCUAUUUCAAAAAAUUACUUUUUAAAAACCGCUCACAG